AUGGAUUUAAAAGAUGAUGAGGUAGAUAAUGUCAUUGUAAAAGUUUCUGAUAAUGAUAAUGAUGAAGAAACAGAGAGUGAAGAAGAAUCUGAAAGCGAUGGGGAAGAAUGGAUAACACCAUCAAAUUUUGCUGAAAAGAAGAAAGAUAUGGAGAUGGGCGAGUUUGAAGAGAAGAAUGUAGAACACAACGCCUGUACAGCACAACGCCUGUACAGCACAACGCCUGUACAGCACAACGCCUGUACAGCACAACGCCUGUACAGCACAACGCCUGUACAGCACAACGCCUAUACAGCACAACGCCUAUACAGCACAACGCCUAUACAGCACAAAGCCUAUACA